UCGGACAUUUGAUACGUUAACUAAGACGAUGGGCUGUUUGUUUAUCUUAACUUUGAAUAAUCCUUGUUAAUCAACACUUUUCGAAAGUCCCGCGUCGGAAAUCUAAUUACGGGUGCAAUUAAUUAAGAGAGAAUUACCCGGGGCGUGUCAAUAAUGUGUCAACUAGAAUUACCCGAGGUUCCCCGCAAGUUUCUUGUCCUUUACCAAGCUGCAGUUAGCACUUUAAUGACAACUGAUUGAAAUGUACACGAGCUGGCGAUUCAAACGAAAUGGCAUGGCUUCAGUUUAAGUUGCAGAGCCACAAAACGGAGAGCUGGGCCUUACAGCUGGGGCUCAUUGUUUAUCGCCAAAUGGGCUUUUGUUAUCGCCAUCAUUUAUCUGGUCAACAGUAGCCUUUGUCUUUGCAAAUGGCCCUCAAUCAGUCCGUCUACUUUGGAAACAAUUAGCUUGUCUUGAAACCCCAUGGCCACUAUUUAAAUGCUGAGCCAUGUUGUAUCUUAUAGUGUACACCUUAAAGUGAACUCUGGUUGCGUCCCAAACAGAACAUUAGCGCACUUAAUAGCAAGUUUACAGUAGAGUACAUUGUUUCGUCCAGUGCGGAGAUCAAUAAAAAUAACAAAAACAACAACAAACAAACACCAAAUAACUUGAGAACUCCAGAAGGGAAGUUUUAGUAGCAGGGAAUGCUUUGGGUAGAAAAUUACAAAGAAUAAACAAAAUACUAAGUAGUUUGUCAUUUUAAAUACUUAGUUAACGCCCUGUUUUGUUUUUGUUUUCUGUUUGUUCCCAAAGAAGGCGUGUUGUAAUUAUGGGAUGUUUUGUGGCCACGCCCCUUUCAAAUACAUACCGCGUCAGCACCUCACUCCUCUGCGCCUUGUCUCGUGGCCUUGCCCUUGAGCACUACAGACUAAAAGGAAAACACUGCCGGGGAGUGUGGGGUUUUUUUUUUUUGUCCCGUCUUGCAGUAGUGAACACAGUAUCUUCUCUCAAGCAAGAGUGAUCAUGAUGUCCUACCUGAAACCAGCCCCGUACACAGUGAACGGGCUCAGUCUGGCUACUACUGCGAUGGAGCUGCUGCAUCCAACUGUGGGCUAUCCAGGUAAAAUGAUAUUUGUCAUGGCAGGAACCCCCCGUAAACAGAGACGUGAGCGGACGACGUUCACCCGCGCGCAGCUCGACGUGCUCGAGGCGCUGUUCGCCAAGACGCGCUACCCGGACAUCUUCAUGCGCGAGGAGGUGGCCAUGAAAAUCAACCUUCCUGAAUCUCGAGUACAGGUGUGGUUCAAAAAUCGAAGAGCGAAAUGUCGUCAACAGCAGCAGCAAACCCAGGCCGCCACGCAGAAUAAAACCCGACCUGCCAGCAAAAAGACUUCUCCAGCCAGAGAGGUAAACCUGGAGAGCAGCAGCAGCAGUGGCCCGUUCACCAGCACCUCAAGCACCUCCUUACCGGGCGUGUCCACCAGCACGGCCCCAGUGUCCAUCUGGAGUCCGGCCUCCAUUUCUCCAGUCUCAGAGCAGCUCUCUUCCUCUACCUCCUCCUCUUCCUCAUCUUUAUCCUGUAUGCAGCGCUCUUACCCGGUCACCUACACUCAGGCGCCCGCAUACAGUCAACACUACUCGGGCACUGCAUCCUAUUUCAGCGGAAUGGACUGUGGCUCCUACCUCGGGCCUGUGCAUCACCAGCUGAGUGGCCCUGCAUCAAACCUGAGCCCGACAAGCACGAGUAUGGUCAGCAAUCACCUGAGUCCGUCAUGUUCAUUCACACCUCAGGGCUACGUAACUUCCGGUGUCGGGAUCAACGCGCCGUCCGAUUGCUUAGAUUACAAGGACCAAAGCGCUUCUUGGAAGCUGAGUUUCAAUGGCGACUGCUUGGAUUACAAAGAUCAAACCUCUUCGUGGAAAUUUCAAGUUUUGUAA